CUACCUUUCACAACGGGUCUACGAAAUUAAAUGUAAAGUAGCAGCAACGGGCCAACAAGACGGACGAGAAAGCAGCUAAGAUGAGUGACUUGCCAGUGGUGAGGCGGACUAUGAACGACCUAAGCCAGAGAUCUCCCUACAGCCAGAUCGGGUUGGGUGCUGCCGGCGGCUUCCUCGCCGGCUAUGUGCUCCUGAAGGCCAGCAAGAUGGUGGCCGUGGCCGCAGGCGGGUCCAUUCUGCUAAUCGAGCUGGCCUUGGAGGCGGGCCUGGUCAGGCUGGACAUCCUCAAGGUGCUGCCGCAGUCGGAUCAGAACCAAAAUCGCGGGCAGCUCCAGUUCGCCGGGGAACUGGGCUUGGAGGGGACGAGUGCGAAUCUCUCCCGUGUCCAGGAACUGGGCGAUAAGGCCAGGAAGGCGUGUGCCACCAGCGGCCGUUUGUGUGUGGCCUUCUUGGGUGGCUUUCUACUCGGAUUCGGCUGGGCCUAACUAAUGCAAAUCACCAACGCCAUACAUAUAAUAUAUUUAAAUUGUACACGAAAGUUCCUACCUGCAA